AUGCUUUCUGUUACCCGCACCAUCCGUCCCUUUGCUUCCCGGCUCUUGGCCCAGAAGCCUCUCAUCUGCGCGUCUGCACCUGCUUUCCGCUUCCCGCGGGGAACAAAGAGCUUCUCGCAAAGCCCGCUUGCUCAAAUUAAGAAGUAUACCGAGUCGCAUGAAUGGAUCGAGCUUAUUGAGGGUACCAAAACUGCCAAGAUCGGUAUCUCUGACUACGCCGCCCACGCUCUGGGUGAUGUCGUCUACGUCGAGCUCCCCGAGGUUGGUCUUGAGGUCACCGCUGGUGAACCCGUCGGCGCCGUCGAGUCUGUGAAGUCUGCUUCGGAUGUUCUCUCCCCUGUUGACGGCAAGGUCAUCUCGGGCAAUGAGAAGCUAUUGGACGAGGCUAAGUUUAUCAACGAGAGCCCCGAGGGUGAUGCUUGGAUUGCCGAGAUCGAGGUCAGCGACGUCGCUGCACUAGAGUCUUUGUUGGACGAAGCUGCCUACAAAGCAACCCUCGAGGAGGAAUAG